AUGAAGAUAUUUGGAAAGUUGGAGAUUAAUCUUCCUUUCCUCCAAGCACUCAAACUCCCUCAUCUGAGCAAGUUUUUGAAGGACUUCAUCGAUGGAAAGUCUAAGAAAUCUGGAAAGAUUGUGAUGGGCGAGAACGUGUCAGCAGUGAUACGAAAAGAGUUGCCGCCCAAAUGCAAGGAUCCAGGUUCUGGACAUACGGACUGUUUGCCCAAACGGAAACCACGUGACAGAAGUCUGCAUUUUGAUGUGGAACCACCCGACUUAAAAGAUAAGUGUGUGGAGGAGCUUCAUCUUGAAGCUUAUGACGCCGCGAUGUGGUAUAAGGAUCGCACCAAGAUGUGGCACGACAAGAACUUGCAAGGAAAGACAUUUACAGUCGGCCAAAAGGUACUUUUGUUUCAGUCAAAGCUGCGGUUGAUGACCGGAAAAUUGAAGACGAAGUGGAUUGGCCCCUUCGUGAUACAGUCUGUUUGCCCACACGGGGCGUUUGAGAUACGCAGCCUAGAUACGGCGAAGACAUUCACCGUAAAUGGACAACGUUUAAAGCCGUUCUAUGAUGCCUCCUCUUUAGUCCCAGCGGAGUCAGUUUCCCUGUUGAUUCCGGGCACUUUUUGA